GACUGUUAGGCGGUCGUGUUAACGUUACUCUGUGUACGCGAUAUUAUCACGAAUAUAUUUAUGUGUCGGACGUACAAACUUACAUGUGAAGGAUUAGAUGUGAUAUGUAAACUGUGAAGUGACGCUCAGCUCAGUGCCGUUUGAUGUUUAUUUAUGAGGCAGAUAAUAAAGAGAAGCAUUCAUGAUUCAGGAAUCACAGACAAGUAGCGCAGAUCGAUGGAAUGGGCGAGGGCCCGAGCACAACAUGGCUCUCCAGCAAAUUCUCAAGCUCCAAGAAGCCAGAGCAUUACACAAAACGUCUUUACUUCCUAUCUACAAAAAGAACGGAUUGCCUUCACCGUCUGAUACUAGACAAGAUUACGAUAGCAGUAUACAGGAGAAAAAGUCUGAUGCAUCGGAUUAUCGAGCAUUAGACCAGCUAAAAUUAGAAGCAGAAUUUCGAAAAUUAAUGGAACAGUCAGGCAGAGAUAUUCGUAAUGAUGAAUCUUUAAAAUAUAUCCAACACAUGAUGGAAGCAAAACAUCAUUUUGAAUAUAUAAAGUCAAUUCAGGAUAAAGAGGGGAAGGAUUCUGUUGAAGAAGAUAACACUGAAAGAAGAAAGGAAGUUAUAUCACCUAGAAAUAGUAGGACAUCACCAGUUCAUAGACAAUCACCACAUGAUAGAAUGUCUUCAGGUGAAGCGUCGCCCAGUCAUAGUGUUCACCUAUCUACCUCAUCCAGUCCUCUUUCAACCACUAGUCCCAUCAACUCAUCUCCCUUAAGUCACCUUCAAAAUAUGCAACCUUUCGAUUUUCGUAAGACUAAAGUUGUAGAAAAUCCCGUUAAAGAAGAUAUUAAAAAAAGUAGUUACGAAAUGAGUUCAACGGAAAAAGUUACAAUGGAUUUAAUGCGUAGUCAAUUUUUUAAUUUUCCACUACCACCCAAUUUACCAAUGCCACCGAUAUCAAUGCCUUCUACAUUUAAUCAUUCCGCUGCUAUGGUAGCUGCUCUGAGUCAAAAUCCAAUGGGUUUAGCAUCACUACAAGCUUUGUUACCUCAAAUGUCAGGAAAACAAGUAAAUCAAGAAAAUCUUGAAAAUAAUCAUACACUCAACUCUAGUAAAAUUAGAGCAGAUGAUCUAAAAUUAGAUGAAGAAAAUGCCCUUAAUUUAAGUAAGGAUUCUUAUAGUGAAUCGGCUGCUGCUCAAAACUCAAGAAACUUAUUAUUAGGGAAAUGUAUUAGCCCACCCAAAAGGCAAUGGGGUGCCUCACAAAUACCUCUAAAUUUGGGUACUCACUUCAUUAAUCCCGCUACUGGAAAAAAGAGAGUUCAGUGUAAUGUCUGUUUGAAAACUUUCUGUGAUAAGGGCGCUUUGAAGAUACAUUUUUCAGCUGUUCACCUUAGAGAAAUGCAUAAGUGUACUGUGGAAGGAUGUAGCAUGAUGUUUAGUUCUAGAAGAUCUAGAAAUAGACAUAGUGCUAACCCUAAUCCAAAACUUCACUCUCCACAUUUAAGAAGAAAGAUUUCUCCACAUGACGGAAGAAGUGCUCAAGUUCACUCAGUACUUCUUUCACCACACGGUACCGGACUAGGUAUACCACCAGUUAUGAAUCCAAUGCAUCCAUUUGGAUCAUAUCCACUUUUAAAUGCACCUCACAAUAUGAGACAGUUUACACCCAACUUACCUUUAGAAUACAAAAAUAGUUUGGGAAUUAACUUUUCAUCAUCAUCUGAUCAUACACAUACAAUGAAUCGUAAACCAGAAUCAGGAGAAAAUAAAGAUCAAGACGGGCAAGGAGAAUCAGACGAAGAUGAUGGUAUCGUGGUUGUAGCUGGUGAUGAUGAUGAUGAAGAUCCGGACCACAUAGAUACUAGUGAUUACUAUUCAACUCUUAAUAAAUCAAAUGGCUCAAUAGAAGACUCUGAGACAGAUUAUGAUCAAAGAAGUGUCAGUGACAAUAAUGAAAGCGUAGAUAAUAGAAAGGAAGCAGCAAGUCCAGAAAUUAUGAAAAGAAAACGUAAAAAUUUAAAUCCUACACGUCUUCAAAAUGUUUCUGAAAGUUGCGCGACUAAUGAACAACAAAAGGAACAACACGAAAAUGUAAAUGAUAAUUUAGUAGAUGCCAAAAGGAUUAAAGUGGAAAAGUAUGAAACAAAUGAAAGCUCAGAAAAGUGUGUACUUGAUAAAUGCAAUGAAAUAAAAGUAAAGCAAGAAUUUUCACAAAUUAAGGACGAUUCAAUAGAAACGAGGUAUAAUCCACAAGAUCUACGGGUAAAACAGGAACCCAAUGAUAAUUCUGAUAUUUAUAAAAGCCAAGAAGGAAACCAAUCCAAUGAUGAACAGUAUUCCUCAGAAAAUGCUUUAAAACGACUAGAAAGUUUAUCAAGAGGCGAUUUUCCUAAUAUUGUUAAGAAACCUGAUUCCCACGCUUUGGGCUCUUAUAAUGUACCACUUAAUGAUUCUGUUGAGUACUCUGAUAGAUCUCCAUCAUCCUCAGUAUCAAGUUUUGAUUACUCGUCAGAAGAUUCACAAGGUCAAAUAUACGGAUAUAUAGACAAUGGAUUUUUUGUUAGCACAACUGAUGUUCCAAUGGAUCAUGAGAAUCCACGAAAAUGUACUGUUUGUGGAAGAAUAUUCCAAAAUGUUUACAUUUUAAAAACACAUUACCAAAAUGCGCAUUUGAAACUUAUGUACAAAUGUAAUAUUGAAGGUUGCAGGGCAGCUUUUCCAUCAAGGCGAGGUAGAGAUCGUCACAGUGCAAAUGAUAGUCUGCACAGAAAGAUAAUGUCAUCAGAUGAAAUGAGAAUUCGGGACGAUUCUCCAUUAAGAGUUAUGGAGAAAACUAGGGAACAAAUGGACUUAAUUGCGAGGUACAAUGAAGAUGAACGUGCCAUCCCAUAUAUUGAAUCACACAAAUACUACGGAGCAAAAGAGUCAGAGAAACUUAAAAACCAACUUAGUCAUCAUAUACCUUUCGGUCCUCCAUACCCACCUUUACAGUUACCUGAUACUUACUUGAGUAACAGAGAUAUGUUUGCACAGCAUCCUUUCCUAUUUGCACCGUUUAGCAUGUUACCAAACUUUCCACCACUACGCUUGGGCUUUCUUCCUCCAAGUUUAAGCGCUUUUGGUUGUCACAAUCAAAAUUAUUCCCCUCCAUUAGCGCGGAAACUAAGUUACUGCGUUGAAGACGAGGCACCGAGGCCAAAUAAAGAUGGUAGCUAUCCAUGUCGGGGUUGUCGAGAGUGUUUUAAAGACUUGUCCAGUCUGAAGAUUCAUUGUGAAACCGUCCACGCGCAAUCAUUGCACCGGUGUACAGUGAAUGGAUGCAACGCGGCGUUCUUCUCAAGGACUAAAAGAAAUAUUCAUUAUGAGUCUCACGUUAGCUCUAGAAGACAAAAUGGUAGAGGGCUUCCUUCGUGACCUAAGUAGAUUAAUUAACAGUAAAAGAA